CCUGGUUUGACAGCCGCUACGACGGCGCUGUGUCCCCGGUGUGGACCAAGGAGAACAUGGAGCUGCCGCCAGACGUGCAGCGGUGGUGGAUGAUGCUGCAGCCCCAGUUCAAGUCCCACAACACGCAGGAGGUGCUGAACAAGCUCUUCCAGAUCGUGCCAGGGGAGAACCCUUACCGCUGGCGCGACCCGCGCCGCUGCCGGCGCUGCGCUGUGGUCGGCAACUCAGGCAACCUGCGUGGCUCCGGCUAUGGGCACGAGAUUGAUGGGCACGACUUCAUCAUGAGGAUGAACCAGGCACCCACGGUGGGCUUUGAGGGGGACGUGGGCAGCCGGACCACGCACCACUUCAUGUACCCUGAGAGCGCCAAGAACCUGCCUGCCAACGUCAGCUUUGUGCUGGUGCCCUUCAAAACCUUGGACCUGCUCUGGAUCGCCAGCGCCCUCUCCACUGGCCAGAUCAGGUUCACCUACGCGCCCGUGAAGCCUUUUCUGCGUGUGGACAAGGAGAAGGUACAGAUCUACAACCCUGCCUUCUUCAAGUACAUCCACGACCGCUGGACGGAGCACCACGGGCGCUACCCCUCCACCGGCAUGCUGGUGCUCUUCUUUGCCCUCCACGUCUGCGACGAGGUGAACGUCUUCGGGUUCGGCGCCGACAGCCGGGGCAAUUGGCACCACUACUGGGAGAACAACCGCUACGCCGGCGAGUUCCGCAAGACCGGGGUGCACGAUGCCGACUUCGAGGCACACAUCAUCGACAUGCUGGCCAAAACCAGCAGGAUUGAGGUCUACCGGGGCAAUUAACUGAGGGCUGGUGGCCGCGUGUCCUCCAGCUCCUCACCCCAGCACUGCCAGAGCUGCCCCAGCUGCUGUUGGGUGCUGGCAGCCGAUGGGGUUCUGAGCUCUCGGCAGACUUUGUGUGGUUUGGGGAGUUUUGACUUGAUGUUGUUAGUAUUAAGGAACCCGCUUCAGCCGAGUGAGGAUUUGUAGACGUCGCCAGCGACCAGCCGGCCAGGGGAGCGCCGGACUUGUAACUCUUACAGUCAAACCAAAUGCUGCUCUUUUUAAAACAAGAACAAAAAAAAACAUACAAAAGCCCCCAAACCCGGCGACUUUGGGGAGAGCUCGAGCCCGGGAUGAGGGCAGGGUGACAAUCAGCAGCAGGCCGGGUCAGCUCCCCAACAGCAGGACACAAAGUGGCCGCUGCUCUGUCCUUCCGUCGGAGGUUUUCUCCCCCUUUGCUUCUCCCGUCCCUCUAUGGCUCUCGGGAAGGGGUCCGGACUCUCGUGGUCCUCUCGGUCAGAUGCUCCCCGUGUUGUGUCGGGGAGUGGGAUAGGAGGGAUUUGGGAGGGCAGGGAGGGGGGCAAAAGGCAGCUGAGAAACCCGAGCGCCUGGUGCAGGUGACAGCGCGGUAAGGCACAGAUGCGUGCGCCCAUCCCUCGCCAUCUGGGCUCCCCUUCGCCUCGGGGACAGGAGCAGGUUAGGAUAGCUUUAGCAGGUGAGUGAAACACAGCCGGGGGGGUCAUUUCUUAUUUCCCUUUUGCUACAGACAGACAGCUCUGGCCAGAAGCUGCAAUCCCAAAGCGCGUGGUGUUGGGGGACAGUGGCUCGGUGUGGGGCUGAGGUGCUGGAAGCUGCAGCAAUGACCGAGGGGUGAUGCGCAGGGCUUGGGGGCGAACUGCCCUUUUCUGUUUGGCUUCUCUCUACGUUUCUCUGCUUUGGGAGUGUUUUCUUUUUUGAGGUUUCUCUCUGCGGUCGCGAGACACCAGGUCUGUGCUGUGCCUGCUGCUGGGGGCCCCACGGCAGCCCCCGAGGCGGCAGUGUGAUGGGGAGCCCCAGCCCACACCUUUCCACCGCCUCGGGUUGGUGUUGCCUUCUUCUUCUGGGGGAAGAAAACCACAAAAAUCACACAACCACAAGCAACAACGAGUGCCUUGACUAUCUGCCGCCGGCUGCGCUGCCCUGCGAGCACGGGGGUCGGGAUGCACACAGCAGCAUUCCCAGCCC